AUGCAUGUUCUACCGAAUACUCUUCUCAUCGUCACCAUCUUACUUUUUGCAAGUCAAUAUACGUUCGGUCUAACAUGUUAUUCAUGUGCAGACUGUGGUGAUCCAUUCGAUGCAACCAGUGCUAGUAACAUCACAGUGAACGGAACAAAUCUGUAUUGCAAAAAAACUCAAGGAGCGUCAAUUAUCGAUCGAAAUAUCACAGAUAUUUGCCAACCUUUCACUGUCGGUGGAAAUGGUGUGCAAUGUUGUCAAACAGAUUUUUGUAAUGGUAUUACUCAAAUCUUUUCAAGUAACUCUUUAGUCUUCAUUUUCCUCAUUGGCUUGAUAAGUAAAUUCAUGUAA